ACUGCCUCACUGGAGUGUCAAUCAAAAUUCCACAGCCACUCUUGGAUAUGUGGAGGUGGGGUUGACUGAUGUACAGCCCUGAUUUGACCCAGCACUUGAGGCAAACACAACCAGAGUCAUCAGUGUUAAUUCUGUUGUCUUCCAACCAGCAUUUUGAAAGUGCGUUGACACUGGUGGCCUUACACUUUUUCAUCGGACUUCUAACUGGAAGAAAUUGAGGUGUAGAGCGAUUCAGUGGCUUGCCCAUGAUUGCCUGGCAAGACAGUGGCAAAUCAGGCUUUGGUUUAAUCUCCAGUCUGCCAGUCUCAAUUACACCGCGUUGGACUCUUUCCUGUAUUUGAUGAAUACCUUAUGUAUAACUUGCAGAUAGCUUACAAAUGAUUAGAAGAACUGAUUCCUUCUGAGACUCAUCAGAUCAUUACCUGUAAAAUCCAGAUCUUGCUGUCUGUUUGUGAAAAAGUGAUAUUUAAGCUUCGGUUUUAUGAUCUCCUUCUAAGGCUAGAAACAGACCUCUUGGAAACCACAUUAAUUAGACCUGAGAGUGAAAGAAGCAAGUGCUGAAUCUUAAUUUCUCCCCUGAACAAGAAAAAUGGGCUGUGACCGAAACUGUGGGCUCAUCGCUGGCGCUGUCAUCGGUGCGGUCCUGGCUGUGCUGGGAGGUAUUCUAAUGCCAGUUGGAGACAUGCUCAUUGAGAAGACAAUUAAAAAGGAAGUUGUCCUGGAAGAAGGUACAAUUGCUUUUAAAAACUGGGUUAAAACAGGAACAGAAGUUUACAGACAGUUCUGGAUCUUUGAUGUGCAGAAUCCAGAGGAAGUGAGAGUUAACAGCAGCAAAAUUAAAGUUAAGCAAAGAGGUCCUUACACAUACAGAGUUCGUUAUCUAGCCAAGGAAAAUAUAACCCAGGACCCUGAGACCCACACGGUCUCUUUCAGUCAGCCCAACAGUGCCAUCUUUGAACCCUCACUAUCAGUUGGAACAGAGAAUGACACUUUCACCAUUCUCAAUCUGGCUGUAGCAGCUGCAGCCCACCUCUAUCCAAGUACACUUAUUCAAGGAUUGCUCAAUUCAUAUAUCAAGAAGUCCAAAUCUUCUAUGUUUCAAAGAAGAACUGUGAAAGAACUAUUGUGGGGCUAUACAGAUCCAUUCUUGAAAUUGGUUCCAUACCCUAUUGCUACCACAGUUGGUGUGUUUUAUCCUUACAAUAAUACUGCAGAUGGAGUUUAUAAAGUUUUCACCGGAAAAGACAACAUAAGCAAAGUUGCCAUAAUUGACACAUAUAAAGGCAAAAAGAAUCUCUCCUAUUGGCCAAGUUAUUGUGACAUGGUUAAUGGUACAGAUGCAGCCUCCUUUCCACCUUUCGUUGAGAAGACCCGGGUAUUGCAGUUCUUUUCCGCUGACAUUUGCAGGUCAAUCUAUGCUGUGUUUGGAGCCGAAAUUAAUCUGAAAGGAAUCCCUGUGUAUAGAUUUAUUGUUCCAUCCAUGGCUUUUGCAUCUCCACUUCAAAACCCAGACAACCAUUGUUUCUGCACAGAAAACGUUAUCUCAAAAAAUUGUACAUUAUAUGGUGUGCUAGAUAUUAGCAAAUGUAAAGAAGGAAAACCUGUGUACAUUUCACUUCCUCAUUUUCUACAUGGAAGUCCUGAACUUGCAAUACCUAUUGAAGGCUUGAAUUCAAAUGAAGAAGAACACAGGACCUAUUUAGAUGUUGAACCUAUAACUGGAUUCACUCUACGAUUUGCAAAACGACUGCAGGUCAACAUGUUGGUCAAACCAUCAAAAAAAAUUGAAGCAUUAAACGGUCUGAAGCAUAACUAUAUCGUGCCUAUUCUUUGGCUUAAUGAGACUGGCACCAUUGGUGAUGAGAAGGCAGAAAUGUUCAGAAAUCAAGUGACUGGAAAAAUAAACCUCCUUGGCCUGGUAGAAAUGAUCUUACUAUGUGUUGGUGUGGUGAUGUUUGUUGCUUUUAUGAUUUCAUACUGUGCGUGCAGAUCAAAGGGAGUAAACUAAGAAGCAAAUGAGUCUGUACACUUAUGCACCAGCUACGUCAGGACUUUCUUCAUAUCGACCUACAAAAUGAAGAUUUAAUAUGCUUUAUUUUUUGCAAAACACAUCUUAUUUUAUAGGUGAAGAACUGGCAUCUUUUUUUUUUUUUUUUGGCACUGAGCAGCAGCACAUUUUUAAAGGAUUAUUAAAGUGUCAUUAAAAUCUAUACUUUGAACAACAACAAAAAAAGCACCUUUUAAAAUUCAACAUGGACACACAAUUGAAUUGAUUUCAGUUUCUACCAACCUCACAUGAGCAUAAUCCAAUUAUUUCUAAUUGGUGCUGAUUCACUAAUUGGUUCCCCGGUGGCAAACUGGGCAGAGGAGUGGACGUGGUAAACAUAUUCUGGACCAUGAACUCUUGUCUUCAUCAUCAAGGGGAAGUAUCACUACCCUCAUCAGUGUCCCUGCAUACACAGACCCCAGGACUCUCACUACUCUGCAUUUCCUGAGCAUCACCUAUUUUGAAAGACAUUUAAGAAUGGAAACUCAAUGACUGGCCUAUGAACCAUCUAUUAUACUAUAAAUUUCUUUCUCUACGGACUCCUUUGUGCAGUAACAGCAGGCAUUGUAACCAUGCUCUGUAUAACAAUAUGGGCUUAUAUUUUUGUCAGUGAUUGUGCAAAUGGACAUGUUUGAGGACUGUGUCAUUUUCCACGUUCGUCAGCUCUUCUGGAAAUCUGCCCAGAUUCUGAUCUUUCUACUCAGUUGCAUACAACUUAUGCUUGGCAACUUCAGCAUGCUGUGCUAGUGUUAAGAGAUGUAAAUGAUAAUAAAGAAAUCAUUAUGUGGAAGGUGACAAAGAAUAGAAUGUGCAUUAAUAGCUAUUUGUUGUAAUAUUUCUUCUUUCAUAGUCACCUCAGAAAGAUUGGUUUCAAUCAUUAAAAGAUGUUUUUCCUUAAA